AUGGUAAUGAGGAAUGGAGGAAUCAAGUCCGAAAGCGAAAAUGAAGAAGGUGAAGAUGAAGAAUCAGAGCUGGAAAAAAGUGAAUGUGAAUAUGCAAAAGAAGGAAAAUCUUUAGUGGUGAGGAGAUCUCUAUAUGCACAAGCCAAGGAAGAAGAAAAUGACCUAAGGGAGAACAUUUUCCAUACAAGAUGUCAACUCCAAGGAAGGGUUUGCAAUCUAACAAUCGAUGGAGGAAGCUGUACAAAUGUGGCAAGUGAAGAAUUGGUGAAGAAGUUAAAGCUAAAGACAACCAAGCAUCCUUGCUCAUACAAGCUACAAUGGUUGAAUGAUUGUGGGGAAAUCAAAGUUACUAAGCAAGUUAAAGUUUUGUUUACCAUUGGAAGAUAUCAAGAUGAAGUGGAGUCCGAUGUGGUUCCAAUACAAGAUGAGAAACUUGAUACUAAUAAUACCUUGCCUAGUGUAAUGGUAUCUCUUUUGCAAGAAUAUGAAGAUGUAUUUCCCGAGGUUCCAAGUGGAUUACCACCACUAAGAGGGAUUGAGCACCAAAUAGAUUUCAUUUCGGGAGUUACAAUACCAAAUCGUCCAGCUUAUAAAACCAAUCCGGAAGAAGCCAAGGACCUGGAAAAACAAGUUGAAGAACUUUUAGCAAAAGGGUAUAUUCGAGAGAGUAUGAGCCCAUGUGCUAUACCGGUGCUUUUAAUGCUUAAGAAAGAUGGAACUUGGAGAAUGGGAGUGGAUUGCAAAGCCAUCAACAAAAUUACGGUAAAGUAUCGUUAUCCUAUCCCAAGAUUAGAUGACAUGCUUGAUGAGCUGCAUGGUUUUGUUGUUAGUUCUAAUGGUGUGAAAAUUGAUGAGCCAACACCUAAAAGUGCAAGUGAGGUUAGGAGCUUUCAUGGGUUAGCUAGCUUUUAUAGGAGUAUUGGCAUAGGAGGUGUUUUAAUGCAGGACGGGAGGCCCAUAGUUUACGUUAGUAAGAAACUUGGAGUAGUUGCUUUGAAUUACCCAGUGUAUGACAAGGAAUUAUAUGCUUUGUACCGAACUAUGGAGUCUUGGCAGCAUUAUCUUUGGCCCAAGGAGUUUUUCAUCCAUACAGAUCAUGAUUUCUUAAGAUGGCACCAUUUGCAAACACAAGGCAGGUUGGUGGUCAAGGGUUAUGCACAACAAGCCAGAGUUGACUAUGGGGAGAAAUUUACACCCAUAGCUAGGAUGAAAACCAUUACAUUCAUCCUUGCUCUUUUGGCUACUAAGCAAUGUAGUGUGUUUUACUUGGACGUGAAAUCUACAUUCUUGAAUAGUGAGUUGCAAGAACAAGUGUAUGUGAAGCAACCUGGGGGCUAUGUGGUUCAAGGGCAUGAAGAUAAGGUUUAUAAGCUUCCUAAAGCUUUAUGUGGUCUCAAGCAAGCACCUAGAGCUUGGUAUGGAAGGACUGAUGGCUACUUGCUUGAACAUGACUUUAGAAUGAGCCAAAAUAAGCCCACCUUGUAUAUGAGGAUUGAAGGAAGCAUGGUAGUGACUUAUUUGUAUGUGGAUGACUUGUUGGUCACCGAUGAGGACCCAAGGAAUGUGGAUAAGCUAAGGCAUGAACUUGAGGAGGAGUUGGAGAUGUCUAGCUUAGGUUUCGUGAAUUAA